GCUCUCUAAUUGAACAGCUAACUACAGAAAAAUAUGAGUGCAUGGUGUGCUGUGAAUUGGUUCGCGUCACAGCACCAGUGUGGAGUUGUCAGAGCUGUUACCAUGUGUUUCAUUUGAACUGCAUAAAGAAAUGGGCACGGUCUCCAGCAUCUCAAGCAGAUGGCCAGAGUGGUUGGAGGUGCCCUGCCUGUCAGAAUGUUUCUGCACAUGUUCCUAAUACUUACACUUGUUUCUGUGGCAAGGUAAAGAAUCCUGAAUGGAGCAGAAAUGAAAUUCCACAUAGUUGUGGUGAGGUUUGUAGAAAGAAACAGCCUGGCCAGGACUGCCCACAUUCCUGUAACCUUCUCUGCCAUCCUGGACCUUGCCCACCCUGCCCUGCCUUCAUGACUAAAACAUGUGAAUGUGGACGGACCAGGCACACAGUUCGCUGUGGUCAGGCUGUCUCAGUCCACUGUUCCAAUCCAUGUGAAAAUCUUUUGAACUGUGGUCAGCACCACUGUGCUGAGCUGUGCCAUGGGGGUCAAUGCCAGCCUUGUCGGAUCAUAUUGAACCAGGUAUGCUACUGUGGCAGCACUUCCCGAGAUGUGUUAUGUGGAACAGAUGUAGGAAAGUCUGAUGGAUUUGGCGACUUUGGCUGUUUAAAGAUAUGUGGCAAGGACUUGAAAUGUGGGAAUCAUACCUGUUCUCAAGUGUGCCACCCUCAGCCCUGCCAGCCAUGCCCACGGCUUCCCCACCUGGUGCGCUGUUGCCCUUGUGGCCAAACUCCUCUCAGCCAAUUGCUAGAACUUGGAAGUAGUGGUCGGAAAACAUGCAUGGAUCCUGUCCCUUCAUGUGGAAAAGUGUGCGGCAAGCCUCUGCCAUGUGGUUCCUUAGAUUUCAUUCAUACCUGCGAAAAGCUCUGCCAUGAAGGAGACUGUGGACCAUGCUCUCGUACAUCAGUUAUUUCCUGCAGAUGCUCUUUCAGAACAAAGGAGCUUCCAUGUACCAGUCUAAAAAGUGAAGCAGAUGCUACAUUUAUGUGUGAUAAGCGGUGUAACAAGAAACGGUUGUGUGGACGGCAUAAAUGUAAUGAGAUAUGCUGUGUGGAUAAGGAGCACAAGUGUCCUUUGAUUUGUGGGAGGAAACUCCGUUGUGGCCUUCAUAGAUGUGAAGAACCUUGUCACCGUGGGAACUGCCAGUCCUGCUGGCAAGCCAGUUUUGAUGAACUAACCUGCCACUGUGGUGCGUCAGUGAUCUACCCGCCAGUUCCCUGUGGUACAAGACCCCCUGAGUGUACCCAGACCUGUGCCAGAGUCCAUGAAUGUGACCAUCCAGUGUAUCAUUCUUGUCAUAGUGAAGAGAAGUGUCCCCCCUGUACUUUCCUAACUCAGAAAUGGUGCAUGGGAAAACACGAGUUACGGAGCAACAUCCCCUGUCACCUGGCUGAUAUCUCUUGCGGAUUACCCUGCAGUGCCACGCUACCGUGUGGGAUGCACAAGUGUCAGAGACUCUGUCACAAAGGAGAGUGUCUUGUGGAUGAGGCCUGCAAGCAGCCCUGCACCACCCCCAGAGCUGACUGUGGCCACCCGUGUAUGGCCCCCUGCCACCCCAGCUCACCCUGCCCCAUGACUGCUUGUAAAGCCAAGAUAGAGCUGCAGUGUGAAUGUGGACGAAGAAAAGAGAUGAUGAUUUGCUCCGAAGCAUCCAGUACUUAUCAAAGAAUAGCUGCUAUUUCCAUAGCCUCUAAAAUAACAGACAUGCAGCUUGGAGAUUCAGUGGAAAUCAGCAAAUUAAUUACUAAGAAGGAAAUUCACCAAGCCAGGCUGGAGUGUGAUGAGGAGUGUUUAGCCUUGGAAAGGAAAAAGCGGUUAGCAGAGGCAUUUCAUAUUAGUGAGGAUUCCGAUCCUUUCAAUGUACGUUCUUCAGGGUCAAAAUUCAGUGACAGUUUAAAAGACGAUGCCAGGAAGGAUUUAAAGUUUGUCAGUGACAUUGAAAAAGAAAUGGAAGCCCUUGUGGAGACCGUGAAUAAGGGAAAGAAUAGUAAGAAGAGCCACUGCUUCCCUCCCAUGAACAGAGACCACCGCCGGAUCAUCCACGACCUGGCCCAAGUGUAUGGCCUGGAGAGCGUGAGCUAUGACAGUGAACCAAAGCGCAAUGUCGUGGUCACUGCAGUCAGAGGGAAGUCCAUUUGUCCUCCUAGCACGCUGACAUGUGUCCUUGAAAGGGAAAUGCAGUCACGACCACCACCACCAAUUCCUCAUCACAGACAUCAGACAGACAAGAAUCCUGCAAGCAGUAAUUUACAGAAAAUAGCCAAGGAACCAGUAAUUGACUACUUUGAUGUCCAGGACUGAGAAGAUCAAGAUGCACUUAGAUAAAAGAAUGAUUAGGUGUGAUGGAGACUUGUUUGCCAGCAGAUAAAUCAUGCUUGUUCCCAACUGCCUGGUGGACUCACACACAGUCUCACAUACUGUCUUGUACUGAUAUGUCCAAAGCAUGAGUGUGUCAGAAAUUCCCUUGUCCUCUCUUCUGUCUGUAUAAAGUGUUUCAGUACAGCCAGAUCUCUGACUAGAUGGUCA